AUGUCCUUCAGGAAGUGGCUGGCCCGGCAGCGCCCCGCGCACGUCUUCCUCAUUCACGGCGCGCGACGCUUUAGCUACGCGGAGGCCGAGCGUCAGAGCAACCGGGCUGCGCGCGCUUUCUUGCGCGCGCGGGGCUGGGACGCGGGGCCGGGCGGCGGCGCCGCGGCCCCUCUGACCCCCGGGGCCACCGUGGCGCUGCUGCUCCCCGCCUGCCCGGAGUUCCUGUGGCUCUGGUUCGGGCUGGCCAAGGCCGGCCUGCGCGCGGCCUUUGUGCCCGCCGCCCUGCGCCGGGGUCCCCUCCUGCACUGCCUCCGCAGCUGCGGCGCGCGCGCGCUGGUGCUGGCGCCAGAGCUCCUGGAGUCCCUGGAGCCUGACCUGCCGGCCCUGAGAGCCAUGGGGCUCCAUCUUUGGGCUGCAGGCCCCGAAACCCGUCUGGCCGGAAUCAGCGAUGUGCUGGCGGAGGCCUCAGCCGAAGCGGAUGAGCCGGUGCCCGGGUACCUAUCUGCCCCCCAGAGCGUAAUGGACACGUGCCUGUACAUCUUCACCUCCGGCACCACGGGCCUCCCCAAGGCUGCACGGAUCAGCCACCUGAAGAUCUUGCAGUGCCAGGGUUUCUACCAGCUGUGCGGUGCCCACCAGGAGGAUGUGAUCUACCUUGCCCUCCCGCUCUACCACAUGUCUGGCUCCCUACUGGGCAUUGUGGGCUGCCUGGGCAUUGGGGCCACAGUGGUGCUCAAGUCCAAGUUCUCAGCUGGCCAGUUCUGGGAUGACUGCCAGCAGCACGGGGUGACGGUGUUCCAGUACAUCGGGGAGCUGUGCCGAUACCUUGUCAACCAGCCCCCGAGCCAGGCGGAACGGGGGCAUAAGGUCCGACUGGUGGUGGGCAGCGGGCUGCGCCCGGACACCUGGGAGCGUUUUGUGCGGCGCUUCGGGCCGCUGCAGGUGCUGGAGACGUAUGGCCUAACGGAGGGCAAUGUUGCCACUUUCAACUACACGGGCCAGCCAGGUGCCGUGGGGCGUGCUUCCUGGCUUUACAAGCAUGUCUUCCCCUUCUCUUUGAUUCGCUAUGAUGUCACCACAGGGGAGCCGGUUCGGGACACCCAGGGGCACUGUGUGGCCACAUCUCCAGGUGAGCCUGGGCUGCUGGUGGCCCCAGUGAGCCAACAGUCCCCCUUCCUCGGCUAUGCUGGGGGACCAGAGCUGGACCGCGGGAAGCUGCUGAAGGACGUCUUCCGGCCUGGAGAUGUUUUCUUCAACACUGGGGACCUGCUGGUCUGCGAUGACCAAGGCUUUCUUCGCUUCCGUGAUCGUACUGGAGACACCUUCCGGUGGAAAGGGGAGAACGUGGCCACGACCGAGGUGGCGGAGGCCUUGGAGUCCCUGGAUUUUGUUCAGGAGGUGAACGUCUACGGAGUUACCGUGCCAGGGCACGAAGGUAGGGCUGGGAUGGCGGCCCUGGUUCUGCGUCCCCCCCACUCUCUGGACCUUGAGCAGCUCUACAGCCACGUUUCUGAGAACCUGCCACCUUACGCCUGGCCUCGAUUCCUAAGGCUCCAGGAGUCUCUGGCCACCACAGAAACCUUCAAGCAGCAGAAGGUUCGGAUGACAAAGGAGGGUUUUAACCCGAGCGCACUGUCUGACCCCCUCUACGUUCUGGACCGGGCUGGGGGUGCCUACCUGCCCCUCACACCUGCCCGGUACAGUGCCCUCCUGGCUGGGGACCUUCGCAUCUGA